AUGCAUCCGCUGGGGUUACUACUUGUUCCCGCAGUACGAGCGCUCCCACUCCUCGACUCCAUCAUCAACCCCAUUACCAAUAGCAUCUGGACAACGCAAGAUGGCCUUGUUCAGACAACCCUGGGAAGUCUCGCGGGAACCAUCGGUGCUGGCCAAGCUUACGACUACGUCGUAAUUGGCGGCGGCACAGCUGGUAACACAGUCGCGUACCGUCUGGCCGAAGCCGGCAACACCGUCGCCGUUGUCGAGGCCGGGCUUUCGUACGAGGUUGGCAAACCUAUCGUUGGCCCGGCACCUCUGGGAGACAUCAUAGGCGUGGGCUCCAAUCCCGCUGAUAGUAUUCCAACGGUAGACUACGGCAUCAAGACUAUCCCGCAAGUUGGAGCAGGAGGUCGCGAAAUGCACUAUCCUCAAGGCAAAUGUCUUGGUGGCACCUCAGCGCUGAAUUUCAUGAUCCAUCACCGACCGAACCGAGGUGCCUUAGACGCAUGGGCUGACGCCGUUGGAGACGAGAGUUACACGUUCGACAAGUUCCUGCCGUACUUCGAGAAGAGUUUCAACUUCACUCCACCGAAUACCGAGAUGCGUCUCGCAAACGCAACAACGGCAUAUGUUGAAAGCGACUUCAACCCUUCUUCAAGUUCUCACAUUCAAGUAACCUACCCCAAUUGGACCCCUGUGUGGUCUACUUGGGCAGCUAAGGGUCUUGAAGCUCUCGGGAUGAGAUUGACGGAUCGUUUCAACCAGGGAGUUCUGAAUGGCUAUCAUUAUGCUCAAACAACUAUAGAUCCCGAAACUCAAACCCGAUCUACUUCAGCCGACUUCAUGUACGCGGCUAGAAACACAAACAUCAGCGAAAAGCUUACAGUUUACCUGGGCACAAGGGCCAACAAGGUACUUUUCAACAAGAGCAAGAGGGCCACUGGUGUUGAGGUCGCUGGCUUGGGAUUGCAAGAAUACACUUUGACUGCCAACAAGGAGGUCAUCCUGUCAGCCGGCGCUUUGCACUCACCGCAACUACUGAUGUUGUCAGGCAUUGGCCCCGCAAAACACCUGUCCGAGCAUGGCAUCGAAGUUAUUGCCGACCGUCCAGGAGUUGGUCAGAAUAUGAGCGACCAUGCUUUGUUCGGCCCAACCUACGAAGUAACAUUUGACACUCUCAAUAAGGUCCUUGGGGAUCCUGUUGUUCUUGCAGAAGCCGUGGCUGACUACGGUCUUACGCAAACCGGUCCACUGACCAGCAACUUGGCCGAGUUCCUGGCAUGGGAGCGGAUGCCAAACAGCGCGAACCUCAGUCAGUCGACGUGGGAUGAGCUUCUCAAUUUUCCGGAAGACUGGCCGCAUAUUGAGUACUUCCCAGCCGCUGGCCACAUCGGUUCCUUCAAUAUUCCGUGGCUUGACCAGCCCAAGGAUGGAAAGAUGUACGCGGCAAUCAUCGCAGCGUUGGCCGCUCCCUUGUCUCGUGGGAACGUUUCUCUUGCCAGCAAUUUUCCUUCGGAUGCACCUCUCGUUAAUCCAAACUGGUUGACACAUCCGGGAGAUAUUGAGGUGGCAGUGGCCAUGUACAAGCGCAUUCGUGAAAUCUUCAAUACAGAAGAAGUUCGCAGCAUCCGCGCUAGCGACGCGGAGUACUGGCCAGGCCUCGAAUUGAAGACUGACGAGCAAAUCCUGGCUAACAUUCGAACGAGUGUCAUGGCAGUUAUGCAUGCGUCGUGCACCGCGCGGAUGGGCCGGCGGGAUGAUCCCACCGCCGUUACGGACAACUUGGCGAGGGUUAUUGGUGUUGAAGGGCUGCGCGUUGUGGACGCAAGUACGCUGGCUCUACUGCCACCAGGACACCCACAAGCAGUGAUUUAUGCAUUGGCAGAAAAGAUUGCAGAUUCCAUUGUCCAGGGUUUACAGUAG